UAAUUAUUUAGAUUAAUAGCGAUGGUAUCUCGCAGUUACGGCUAUUAGUUUAAUGAAAACAUGCGCAAAGAUUUUUUCAACGUAUACAUGACUCGAAUUCAUUUUGAUUAAUGCCAAUGAUGCGCCUGAAAAUUUCUUUUGGUGGAAGUUAUACUGUUUUAGUGAUUUUAUUGUUGCUAUGUUGUGUGACAGUUAUAGUUAGUGGAUGCUUUAGCACUGGGCUGGAGUUUUUGACAGAGGAAUUACUACCAGCAGUAUGUCCAUUGCUGGCAGCAACGACUUCCACGAUAAAGGAUUUAUUUCAAGCACAUUCUGUUGACGACGAACCAAUUUCAUCCGAUCUGGUGACCGAAUGCAUGCGGUGCGGUUGUGAACUGACCAGACAGUCUUCAAACCGGGGCAAACAGCUGGUCCAGAACGGAAUUACCCUGGAAUCAUGCACCCCGGCCAUGCUGCACUUCUACAGCGGGGAAUUGCCCGCCGACAUGAGGCAGGCGUCAGAAGCGUCGCAGGAAAUAUUGGCGGCGACUAAAGUUAUGCAGAUGAAGGUUUGUUCUAGUUCAAACGUCACUCCCAACACGUUUAUGUCAUUUCUGGAGCACCAAGUCAUCCGCUUGCGGGACGGUUCCACCUGCAAGCCGCUCCGAAUCAGCUGCAGCAGCAGCAACUACAGGAGCAUUGAUGGAAGCUGCAACAACCUUCGGAGGCCCGGCUGGGGCAGAAGAGGAGCCCCGUUCACGAGGAUAGCCACGCCACGGUAUGCUGAUGGUAUAUACGCGAUGCCGGUCUCCCGAAGCGGCCGCGGUCUUCCAAACCCUCGCUCGUUGUCCACACGGCUCUUCUCCGACCAGACAAUCCUGAGCCGGGGUCACAACUACAUGAACAUGCAGUGGGGCCAGUACGUCACACAUGAUAUGAUGAUGCGGGUUAUGGAAGUCACUUCAGAAGGCGGCAUCCAGUGCUGUCUUGGUGAUGGCGUCGACAUGCUGCCCUCAGAGUGGCAGAACGAUAAAUGUAUUCCCAUUGCGGUUCCUGAAGACGACCCUUUCUACCGCUACCACGGCAUCAAGUGCCUGAACUUCGUGAGGAGUGUUACAACUCCGAGAGACGACUGCAGUUUGGGGUACGCUGAGCAGAUGAACACAGUCACCAGUUUCAUAGACGGGUCGCCUAUCUACGGAUCUGACAAAAAGCUUGCUUCGCGACUCCGCACCAAAGUCGGUGGAAAGCUACGGCAAGAGACAAGGGAAAACUGUGUCAGAGGGUUCUUGCCAACAGUGAAGGAUAAGGCUGCUGUUUGUGACUUGAGGAAUUCAUCGGAGCCUUGUUAUUUGGCGGGUGACGGCCGUAUAAACCAAACGCCGACCCUGGCUUUACUACAUACUUUGCUUCUCAGAGAGCAUAACCGAGUGGCCGAUAUCCUGGGUUCAAUGAACCCGCUGUGGUCUGACGAGAAGAUAUACCAAGAGGCCAGGAGGAUCGUGGUGGCAGAGAUACAGCAUAUCACCUACCAGGAAUGGCUGCCAUUAAACUUCGGAGAGAACUACUUUCGUUACUACCGCAUCGUGCCAUCAACCUUAUACAGCCACGACUACAGUGAGGAAGUGAACCCUGGGGUCAUCAACGGCUUCGCAGCGGCUGCUUUCAGGAGCCUCCACUCCGUGAUUCCUGACUCCAUCAUGACGUUACCCUGGACUUAUCAUACGGCGUAUGUAUACAAGCUAAGCGACCACUACUUCAACCCAGGUCUCUUGGAGUAUUCCACGGAGUCAUUCGACGACAUCGUCCGAGGCAUCAUAGCCCAGCCUUCAUCGGACAAUGACCCCUUCUUUACAGCUGAGAUCACAAACCUUCUGUUCAAGUCUCAUAACAGUUGGGGCCUGGAUUUAAUCGCUAUGGAUAUACAGAGGGGCAGAGACCAUGGCAUCGCUUCUUAUAAUGAAUACAGAGAAAUUUGCGGUUUGACCAAAGCACGCACUUUCCAAGAUUUUGCAGGGGAAAUGACUCAAGAUCGCAUCAACGCUCUAAUCACGAUGUAUGAAAGCGUGGAUGACGUCGACCUCUUCGUGGGUGGGGUGAUGGAACGCAGCGUCCAUGGUUCAGUUCUCGGGCACACCUUCCAGUGCCUUGUGGCUGAGCAGUUCUAUAGGACAAGAGUCGGGGAUAGAUUCUUCUAUGACAACGCUGAGAUGCCACAUUCGUUCACUUCAGAACAACUACAACAAAUAAAGAAAGCGUCUAUGGCACGGCUGAUUUGCGACAACACAGACAGAGUAUACUACGUACAGCGGCGGGCGUUCGAACCCGAGACCCAGUACAACCCCAAGUAUAGCUGUGAAGAUUUCAUCUCUAUACCUUACGUCGAUCUGACGUCUUGGAAACAGCCUUCAUUGUUUGACUAAAGUAAUUGAAGGUUAUCCGGCUCGAAGGACCACAAAAUUAUGGGGCUAAUUAUACGUUAUCGUUUAAGAAAAUUGUUUAAAUUUAUAACAUAUCACCAAGUAGGUACGCGUUGUAUUUCUCUCUUGUAGUGCGCUUAUUUAUACAUAUUUCGUUUAUACUAGCUGUGCCCGCGACUUCAUCCGCGUGGAAUAGUUAUUUUGGGCAUCAUUGAAGCCCUCACGGAUGAAUAAUUUUCCCCGUUUUGUUUUUCACAUUUUCCAUUAUUUCUUUGCUACUUAUAGUUGCAGCGUGAUGUUAUAUAGCCUUAAGCCUUCCUCGAUAAAUGCUCUAUUCAACGCAAGAAUUUUUCUAUUCGAACCAGUAGUUCCUGAGAUUAGCGCGUUCAAACAAACAAACUAACAAACAAACAAAUUCUUCAGCUUAU